AUGCAACUCUGGGACUGCAUCGUUGUGGGCGGGGGCAUCGCCGGGUCUGUCGUCUCAAACCGACUCCUCCAGCAGGAUCCCGCCCUCAAGAUCUUGCUCAUCGAGGCCGGCCCCGACACUCAUGCCGUCGAGAACAUUGAGUGGAUUGACAUGAGCAGCGCGAUCGGCGGGGAGUAUGAUUGGGGCUUUUCAUCGGUACCGCAGGUAAACCUCGAGAACAGAGAGAUCGUGUCGCCCGUGGGGAAAGGCCUUGGGGGAGGCACGAUCAUCAACGGAGCUGCUUGGGCUCGCGGUCACAAGGUAGACUAUAACAUCUGGGCUGAGCGUGUUGGCGAUGAGAGGUGGAGCUACGAGGGCCAGCUGCCGUACAUGCGCAAGACUGAGACGCUCUUUGACAACUCGACAAACCCUCUGGCACAUGGCCACUCCGGCCCCAUCAAGAUUCAGUCUCCCGGUUCUACCAACAGGGUGUUUCCCCUGCGUGAUGCUCUGCUCGACUCCUGGAAAGAGCUUGGCGUCGAUGCGCUCUCCCAGUUUGACAACAACGCGGGAAACAACCUGGGCGUCGCAGACCUGCAAGAAAACCGCGACAAGGGCAAGAGGCAGCUGGCUUCGCUAAGGUACUCUCUCGAAGGGGUUACCGUGCUAACAGACAGCCUUGUUGCCAAGGUCUUGGUCGAGAAAUCGGCCGAGGGCGACCUCGUCUCCCGCGGCGUCCAACUCGCCAACGGAACACAGAUUCUCGGCCGCGAGACCAUCUUGGCCGCCGGCGCCUACCGCACGCCGCAAAUCUUGAUGUUAUCCGGCAUCGGCCCCGCCGAAACAUUGAAUAAGUUCGAGGUCCCGGUCCUCCUCGACCAGCCCGCAGUCGGCAAGAACUUCCACGACCAUGUCCUGAUCCCCACCGUCUGGCAGCUGAAGAACGCCUCCGCGGGCUACGCCAAGGAAUCAGGCAACCCCAUGUUCAACCAGUCACAGUACCCCCAGGGCGCCUUCAUCGACUUCAUGACCGUUGUCUCCCUUCCCAAAGACGGCCUCAAGGCCGCGAUCGAGCAGGACGAGGGCCCCAUCGCCGACCCCACAGCACACCCGCUGCUAAGCCAGGACAGAGCGCACUCCUCGCACCUGCUGCAGUACUCCGGGGUCUCGGCCGACGGGUGCGCCGUGCUGAUGAUCUCCGUCGUCCUCAUCAACUCCGCCCGCGGCUCCGUCACGAUCCAGUCCGCGGACAUCGCCGACGCGCCGCUCAUCGACCCCAACUUCCUGGGCACGGCCGUCGACCGCUACGCCGCGCGGGAGACGAUCCGCCGCAACAUCAAGCUGCUGACCUCGACCGAGACAGUGCUCGGGAGGGAGAUCAUCGCCGGCGAGCUGGCUGCCAGCCCAUUGACGAUGGAGUCGACGGACGAAGAGAUUGACGCCCGCGUGCGGGAGAUGGCAGGUGGAUGUUACCAUCCGGCCGGGACUGCGUCGAUGGGCGCAGUUGUGGAUACAGACCUGCGUGUCAUUGGGGUUUAUGGCCUCCGAGUUGUUGAUACUUCAGUCUUCCCGGUCUCUGUCUCGGCGAACUUGCAGGUCGCGACGUACGCCUUGGCGGAACAAGCAGCAGGCAUCAUCUUCUCUGCCAUGAAAAAGUGA